AUGGCACGUGGAGGGAGAGGAGGGAGCGCCCCUCCCCGGCGUACAGUUGAUCUCACCGGCAUCAUCACCAGCACCGAAAAGUCGGACCUCGUUCUACUCGUCACCGCCAUCACCGAAAAGAUGUUUCGAGACAUCAACGGUCUCUUUGAUUCUCCUCAGAUUCCCCUAAUGGAUGGCGAAGGCCCAGAACGCAACUGGUUGGCUCUGGCUCUCCGCCAGCAGGAAAUCAACGACAAGGAAAACGCGGUACCUUCGAGAUCUUUUGCCAACAGACCCGUCACAUCCACGGCAAGGAAGUCAUCCCCGAACCACCUAGAUCAGGACGUUGAGAGCACACCGCAGUUGCAAGAGCUGAGAAAUGAAGCUGUUGCAUUCUUUCGCAAGUGGCAGCUCUCCGUCGUCCAACGUCUCCGCGACCUGGCCGUCACCACCGUGGAAGACGAUUUUUCCCGUCGUGGGCGUGGAAGAGGCGCUCGAGGCGUGCCUCGCGGGCGUGCCGGACGUGGUGCUGGCCGUGGAGGAAGGCAAAACGGUCGUGGAGGCGCCUCCAUCGCCACUACGGCCGUUGUGCCCAAUGCAUUUCCUCAAACGCCCACUAGUCACGUCGACCCUACUCUGGUCCGCCUAUAUCCCGCUGUGCCCAAUAAUCUGUGGCCAUUGCCCUAUGAAAGGCGAAAGUUGCUGCUGCACAUCAUGCUUCUCGUGGUGCUAUCGCUUCACGACUACAAUGCCAACGCACGGCUGCUGCUCGUCAAUCUGACUUCGUCCUUGAACCUGCCCCUCAAAUUGCACAACCAGGACGAAAUGCGAAUCGCCAAGGGCCUUGCAGCCGCCGCCAUGGAAGUCAGUCCGGAAAAAGCAGCUGCCCAGAAGGAAGAAAACAAACUCUCCAAGAGAUGGAAGUUUAGUCUUGGGACCACUGGUAUGGGCACCACCGGCCUUGCAGGAGCUCUUGUCGGGGUUGGCGUUGGCUGCGAGGGUAGUGGCCUCACAGCAUCGGCCGCCGCCGCUCUCUUGGGCAUCAUGUCCGAAAAUGGCUUGCUAAUGGGCUCGCUGUUUGGUAUGAACCCAGCUAAGCCGGUCGAGAAGAUGGUGGAAACGUUCCUGCGCGAGAUUCAGGAUUUUUCCUUCUUGUCCCUCACGGAUGCCGGCGACACGGAGUACAUGGAUCCCAGACAGCCGCUGCCAGCGGAGCGGCGGCUGCGCAUUGUCAUUGCCCUCGGGGGAUUCAUGCUCAAGGGCGACGCCGUUACAACCCCGUGGAGUUCUUUGAGCCGGCAAGCAGAGGUGUACGUGGUGCAGUGGGAUCUCACGGCCGUUGCAAGCCUUGGUAACGCCCUUGAGACUGUUAUUGGCAGUAGCGCGUGGCUCGCUGCCAGGGAACAGAUUCGAAAGGACUCAAUCUUCCACUGCCUACUGAACUCGAAGUGGCCCGAGCCGUUGCUCAAAAUUAGCAAGAUUAUUGACAAUCCCUGGAGUCUCGGCAUGGUCCGUGCCGAAAAACUGGGAGCGAUUCUUGCUGAUGCCAUUGUGCGCCACAAGUUCCACGGAGAGCGCUCUGUAUCUCUUGUCGGCUAUAGCCUUGCCGCAAGAGCCAUAUACAUGUGCCUCAUGGUUCUUGCUGAGCGUCGUCAGUUUGGCCUGGUUGACUCCGUCGUCAUGAUGGGUACCCCUGCCCCGUCAGAUAGCAAGGUAUGGAUGGCCAUGAAGAGCGUCGUCUCCGGUCGUUUAAUCAACGCAUACACGGAACAAGACUACCUUCUUGGCUUUUUGUAUCGAACUUCGAACACGCACUCGGGCAUUGCGGGGCUGCAGGAGAUUGUGGGCGCUGGUGGUGUCGAGAACCACCAUGUCAAACACCUACCGAAUGGCCAUUUGUCCUAUCAACACUUGGCCGCUCAGAUUUUAGAGGACGUCGGCUGGGAACAUGACUCCUUUCUGACGGUAUGA